AAUUAAUGAUUUUCUUAAUUAGGACCCUGAUAUACCCGAAACGCCUUCUUUGGACGAAAUUGUGAGCUUUGGCACUUUGAAGAAACUGGCGCAGGACGUAGUUGAUCAAGUGUCUCCAGACACGAAGAAGAGCGAUUCCGAUACUGUUAGCGGCAUACCCAGCAACCAAUCAACCGGCAAAUCAAACACUCACAUCGAGGAGCCUGAAGCCAUAAAUGACGGAUCGCAACCCACUAGCGAAACUAAACUUACCAGCAUUGAAAAAAUGGUCGUUGAUGUUGAAGAUGGAUUAAACGAGGCAGCGAAAACAGAUGAGAGUCGGAAGUCGGCUUUGAAAUCUAAUGAACCUAUAUUUCAAAAACGGGUGUCAUUUAAAAGAAAAUUUCGAGUUCCUAAGGAGACAGUAAGAGAAAACGAAUAUGAAGUUAUAGAAGGAGCAAGUGCAGCAAACUCAGUAGCAAAUAUUGAUAAAUCCGACCAUUCUGACAACGCUGAAAAGCCUGUCAUAGCAGAUUGCGGUGCAAUCCAGUUGGAGUCAACCGAAGUGGACACCAACUAUGCGGAUCAAAGUAUGGCGGAAAUUGCUCCGCUGGAGAAAGAUUUGGGUAGAUCUUCCAAGAUCUUCAGUGAUCAUGAGUAUGAACCGAUCAGUCCACCGCCAGAGCCGACAGUUUUACCAAGUGUGCUAGAUGAUGACGAUCCGAAGUUCGUUAUUAGUGUGGCGGAGAUCUUAGAUCGACCAGCUGAAGACAAAAAAAAAUCAUUCUUUCAAUUUGGGCGUUUCCGGAAGGACAGUGCUUCAUCCUCAAAUAACAGACAUGUUGCUCCUGAAGCACCAUCUAAUAUUCCCGAAGGAGUGCCGGAGGAAACAAAAACAUCAAAGUUUUUCAAACAAUUAAACCGAUUUCGGAAAAGUCCAGUUCAAGAUGAGAAAAUACCCGAUGCCAGCCAACCAGAGGUGCCACAAAUUAAAUCGAACCCAAAGAAACCGAUGUUUCAAAAAAUUGAUUUUAAGAAAUUGAAGCCGAAAAUUAAUCUGCACAUACCUCAGAUACCCGACACUGCCUCUAUUCGGAUUCCACACAUUAGCUUGCCCGGUGCACGAAAAACUACCGAAACCCGAACGGUGGAAAGUCGACAGUUUUCUACGGAAUCAAACGCAGAUGAAUCAGAGCAAGAACCGAAACGAUACAGGUUUGAUCUGACCUUUGGAGGGACUUUUCCACGAUUCGCAAAGAAAAAGAAGAGCGCGACUGAUACUGAAGUAAUUUUUGCAACAACACCUAGAGCUAAGAAGAACGAAAAGAAGAAAAUAACCUUUGACAAAAUUCGCAUUCCAAUACAUUCUCAAAGUUCUACGGGCACUGAUGAAACUCUGGAUUUGCGUGACGAAAAUGAAUCUGAAUCUGGACGCAUGGAAGAGGAGAAAGUGCAAGAAAUGUCGACUGACACGGAAAACUUGUUGAACAGAUGGAAGCACGGCAGUUUUCGGGAACGACCACAUGAAGUUGAUACCGAGGAACGAAUCAUUGGGGAACUAGUCGAGCAACGUUUUGGCGUAACUGGACAAGGGUUCAGAUCUGAAAACUUAGACAAUCGACUACGGGAAAAUGACGAAAACCUCAGGUAUGUCGACAAUGAUUCAGACGAUAAUAAAGAGGAAGAAUUCGUAUUGGAAAAUCGACGAAAUAAUCAAUUGGUAACAGACCUUGAUAAUUUGGAGGAAGAGCAGUUAGGCGGAUCCAAAGACGGGUAUUGGAGUGAAGGAAGCGAGAGUUUAGGACAAAAAGGUCUACUAGGAAAACUGGAUAUUGAUUCUGACGAGUUUUUCGUGGUGCACGAAAUCCGCGAAGGAUUUCAAACUCCUGCCAAUGCUUUAGCUCAAAUGAACGAAUACGAUCCAAUCGGAUCAAAUCAAUGCUUGCAGCAAAUGCCUGGAAAGGAACGUCGCAAGCCUCCAAUGAAAAAGCCGAAACGAAACAAAACUCCACAUGUGUCUCGAGAAGAAAUACACGGAGACGAAGAGUCCAUAGAUGAAACCAUUUUACCACCUCGUCCUAAACGACGAAGCGCCAAAGGGAGAAAUAAAGCAGAAAAGGCGGAAGUGGUGCCGUACCAGGAAACUAUACCACUGCAGGGCAGAAGGUUGGACUUCCCGAGAGAAAGUUUGGGCAUUUUAGGGGACGAUGAAGAAGAUAAUGAAGAUUUUAAAAGCAGAUCAUUCGAGGUUCAAGAAAAUCGUGGCAGCAAUAAUAGAACGCCUGACGUGCCAGCACGGAAGCACAAAAGUUUGAGAAGUUUAAAUCAGUCGGAAACGGAAUCACUGUUGGAGACUGAUGGCAGCAUCUUAGAGUAUCACGCAAAUGCGGGGCCGCCAAGGAGACCGAGUAGGAGGAGCGACAGCAUAUUGGCCGAUACAGCAUUCUUGACCGAAACCCAUCAAAAUAACAGUAAUCGGGAAUGUAUUGAAGAGCCUUGCAUUCAGGAUAUACGCGACUACAUGGGUUACGCCAUAGUAGAUAAGUCGAAGCAACGAGAUCCUCCAUUGCCGCCCCCAAGGACUCUGCCACGGCGACCAAAGCGUGAAUUGAGUUCACCACAUAAAUUUGCCACAUUGCCAGGAACUCAAUCGCAAGUACCUCCAGUACGGCCCUUGAGGAACUACAGCACAGUGGGGAAUGCUAGGAGCUCACCGAAGUAUUCCCCGUUUGAAAAUAAGGAAAAUGAGAUUGAUAUAGCCCAGUACAUGGAGAUUGGCAGUGAAGAAGGACCCCGUGAUUUGGUUUCCGGUGAAAUCGUUCAGAAAAUGAAGCGUAGGCCCCUACCGGCUCCACCUAGGCCACCGCGAAAACCAAAGCCCGAUAGACGAUCCCUUUAUGACAUAACUUCUAGGACCAAUAUCCCAGAAGAUACGGUCAGUACCCAGACGGAACCAUUGCCACCGGACUUCGCAUGUGAGGAAAUAUCUGAAGAACCUACAGAUAAAGUACUAUUUCCGAGAAGGUCAGCAGCAACAGAAAAUGCCCCUAUGAGGACCCGAGAUCAAAAACAAAACAUUUAUGAGAACAAGCCAAUAUCAAUAGAUCGUGAUCAGUCCUUAGGAGAGCAAGAAGAUCUCCGAAAAAACGAACAAGCUCAACAGCGUCAAAUGCGCACUUCCGAUAAUUCCCAACUUCAGAAAUUCCAUAUUUACGAUCCACGGUCUAGUUCAACACAACCUGUUAGAAAGGAACUUAUAACACCCACUACGUAUACAUUUGAAGAAACUGUGACCCAUGGAACUUUACUAGUUCAACCUUUAGAUGGGACACGUGCGAUUAUAGAUCAACAAUCUCCUAGAGAACGAGUAGUACCGAUUACCAAAGCAGACUCAGUGGAUGACCCCGAAUCGUCGGAAGUACCUGAUAGUUUCGGUUUAUUAAAAUCUCCUGAAGAUCCGGAAUUCGUAGUGCCAGGUGCCCAGGAACUACAGGUAACGGAUCUCGACGUCGAUCCUGGCACACUUAACCAGUUCUCGAAUUCUGGACAAGUAGAUCCAUCUAAUAGCCAAGUACUAUACAGCUCGUCUAGUGACGCUCCAAAUCCCCAAAGUUUUUCCGAUGUCGAGCAACGAUCGUCAAAUUAUCCCAAAUCUGCGGAGCUAAAGCAUGCCGAAGACCAAUAUGCAAAGACUCCAGAACAUUCUCCCAACCAAUCACAGGAGCUGCUUUUCCACCAAGAACGACUGCCGCUUCCUGUACCCCCGCCAAGAAGCAGUACUUUGGAAAGAACUUUCCGAGACAGUUUGUUGUAUGAAACGAACGAUAAAGAUCUCACAGGUAUAGACGCAGCGGCGGACAUCCAUGCAACCCAGCAACGAGACUUGCAGAUGAUGGAACCGGAAAUCGAUGAUCAGCUUCCACCUCCACGGCCACCUAAUCCACGUUACCUUCCAUCACAACCGCCUGCCUCCUUUUAUGCACUUCGAGCCCAGAAGUAUGUGGAUGAACACAUUCCGGCCACGCCCCCUUCAAGAAAGGUGCGCCAACAUCGCACCCGUCCGUUGUCUAGGUCUCGCUCAACUUCUGAAGAAGAAGUUUCUUCUGCAGCUCAUCGACGUUCCCGCAGGAUGUCCAGACGUGGUAGCGAAGCAUCCAUUCCGGAACUAUCAAGACGUCUCAUUGAGGCGUGCGGUUCUCGCCUCAACAACGCCCUUAAAAGACUGAUUUUCGAUUUGACUCAGAAGUUUUUGAGGAAUUCGGACGGAAAUCAAGACCUGCAUGUUUUUAUGGUUAUUUUGUUAGUUUUAAUCGCCGGUCUGAUUUUGCUUGGCUACGGAGAAGAACGCACAGUGGUUCACCUCCAUCACUGGGAGUAUUUCAAUCCGCCCAAAGACCUAUAAAAUAUUUCCUUUUCUAAUAUCCCUAUUUGUUCCGAAAAUAACUGUCUAUGCAGACUUGACUAACUUUUUGCAUAUUUAUUUCAUAACAAUUGGAUCGUGACUGUUAGGUAAAACUCCAGCAACAAAAAAAAUGAAAAGGGUAUACCGAAACAUCAAGUAAUCAUUUUGGCACAUAUAGAGAAAUGCAAAUGUUUUACAAUUAAUAAUAAUUUUAUUAUAUAAAUUUUAUGAAGUUAAAAAAUAAUAAUAAUUUGUUUUGAUUUAUUUGUCGCUUGUUGUUGUUUUCAAAAAUAACCAUAAGUAAAAAUUUCGAAAUCUGAAAUUUUUGUAGUUGCAUUUACACGUUGACUGAAGACGAAGUAGAUUUGUUGCAGUUGCAAGAUCUAUUAUUCCAUAAAUAUAUUCAACGCUGCAAGGCAUAAAACGCGGAAAGUAACUCUGCGUCCAAUGAAUAAAAGUUGAAUGCAGACUUUGACUUUUGUGCAUUGAUCUGCUCUAGUUCGAAUGAAAUCAUCAGCAUCGAUAACACGAGUGCUAAACGAACUUUUAUCAAAUACGUCUGCUCAUCGUCAAUUUUUAUAGUUUGCGCCACUUUUGGUAUACCCGUGUAAAAAUUAAUAUAACUUUCCGUUCCGACUAUUUAUGUGCGAGCUGUUCAUGUGUUGAUACGUCUCACUGAUUCUAAAAUUAAUUCUGUUCCGUUCAAAAUUUAGUUCAAAGUUGAGUAAUAAUAUUUUAUUUCACCAAUUAUAGGAAAAGUAUUUUCCACACAGCAAGGGAAUUGUUCCUGAUGGCAAGUGAAACCAGUACUUGGUUUUAUUUGUUUUUCACUAAUCUGAAUUAGUUCUUAUUUUUACUUUCAGUACGCGAAAAACUAUACCGUACCGCAAAUUAUGACACUUGCCUUAUACGUUUAGGAAUAUGUGAACGGUUUAAAAAAAUAUUUCUAUAUAUAAAACACUUAUGUCUUCUCGUAUUUUGCCUUGUAAACUAUUAACACUUAUUUUACAGAAUUAGCAUUAUUUGUUAGUUAAAUCACUAAGGAUGUAAUGUAUAAUCAAAACUUUGUUGAUUUGUUACUGUAAUUAUUAAUUAGUUAAAAGUUGUUAUCUAUUUAUAUUACUAAUUUGUUAAUAUUAUGACUUGCGUUAAGAACAUUUGAACGAAUCUUGAGAUUUGCAUGCGUACUAUGAUCAUUUAAAUUUAUUCAAUACAA